AUGCUUAUUGUCCUUCGACAGAUGCUGUUGGAUGCCAUGCUCUUCUUGGCCCUCUCUACUAUCUUUUACAUCGGGUUCCUGCAAGCGUUCUACGGACUCCAUGACAACACGAAAUCAUAUGGAGAGAUUGCAUGGCUACUGCUGCAAGUCUUCUUUGGGUCCGCUUUUCUGGGAUUCGAGGAGGCAGAAGAGUUGUCAAAGCUCUUUGGUGCGCCUCUGAUGGUUCUCUUUGUCGCCAUCUCGGUCUUGAUGCUAUAUACCCUUCUCAUUUCUAUCUUUUCACAGACGUUCUCUGAGGUGAGCGCCAAUGCCAAGGAAGAGUUCAUGUUCUUGUUCUCGGUCAAAGUUAUGGAAGAGGUCAAAUCGGAUGCCCUGUACGAGUUUCAGCCUCCGUUCAACAUCUUUGCAGGACUGGUUGUCUGGCCAUGCAGUUUGUUCUGUUCAGCGGAAUUCGUGGGUCGAAUCAGCCGCGCUCUUCUUCGAUUGUUCUUCUUCCCUGAGCUGGUCUGCAUCUGGAUCUUUGAGGUGCUGGUGCUACGGAAACGAGCGCAAUAUCUUCCUGUCCGAACAGGUCCUGUUGAGCAUGAGGGAAAUUACGGAGCCACAUCAACAGCAGGCAUGGGAAAGACCAGCGUUGGAGGCGGCGUCGUUCAACGGAGACUAGAUCGGCGCAGCAGUGUGACAGUCGAUUCAAUGGAAGGACAGUCAUCGCGGGACUCGACCUCACCUCCGGCGGAAGCAAGAUCGACUGAUGCAACAAUCUUUCCCAACCCUGACGGGCCACCUCCAAUUGGGCACCUGCCAAAGGUGCGACCAGUACCCCAGGAGCUUCACCAUCUCACUACCAACGGACUCGGCCAGCCAAGUCAACCAACCGGCCAAGAAAUCGUCUCGCCUUACUUUGAGAACAUCCGACGGUUCAGGGAUGCCAGCAAGAACAACUCGAUGUCGAGUGGGUCUCUGAAGAGCGAGAGCGAGAAUAACCAGGAGCGAUCACCUCAGUCGCAUCACCCGGCAAUCUACUCUUAUCAGCCUGCGGCUCCGAUUGGGAUGGGGAUUAUGCGACAAGGCAGCAUGUCUGGAUACGGGCGUGUUCGCCACGCGACUGACAUGACCCUCGCCAAUACUUUCCAAGGAUUUUGGCCGCACCAUUUCGACAUGCAUGCAGUGGAUGAGCCGGGGACAAGUGCGGACCCGUACAAUCAGCACCAGCAAUGGCAACAGCAGGAACAACAUCCUCAUCAUCAACAACAACAACAACAGCAACAACCGCCGAAUCAGCAUCCACAGCCGCCGAAUCAGCGGUGGUUGAUGGAGUCAUCGGAGGUAAAGCAGCUGCUUCAGCAACAACAGGCGGAUACCGAGGAAUUGACGCGGCUGGUCGAGGACCGGUUUACCGAGAUGCAGAUACGCAUGGAUGACAUCGAGUCCAAGCUUGAUCGACUGAUGGGAGCCAUCCUCGGACCCCAGGAUUUGCACUGA